CAAACAGAUGGACAGACAACCUACCAGCUACUACAUGAGCUUGAUAUCUCUAUCAAACCUGCCACCACAUUCUCCAGUGCUCUCACACGCUCGUCGUAGCGAUGAGGUUCUUUAGCACAUCUACCCUCUGGCUGACCCUGGGCAAUGCCUUCCUGACAUCUGCCGCAUCGUCCUGGAGCUUCUCCGAUGCCUCCGUGAUCGUACAAGGGAAGGGUGCGGGCAAUGCCGCGCGAUCGAAAGAAAGCAUCGUCCCAGGCUCCACCGUGGUGAAUCCGCUGUCGUUUGGGACGGGAGAGACGCUCAAGAUAGUCCUGACGGCCAAAGAAGGGAAAACGGGGCGAAGGCCACAUCAGGCGUUUUUGGUGCUCCAUGAUCAGGACACACGCUUGGAGGAGAGUUUCCCGUUCAGCAUCAGUGAUUCAGGGAAAGGCAAGGUGGAAAUUACACAUAAAGACCUUCCCAUCCAGUUCCUCACAUCCUCGGAUUCCCUUCAAGCCUCCAUAAUCAUCGGCUCGUUCGGAUCGUCCACUCCAUACAAUGUCCCUGCCUUCACGGUCGACAUUUCCCGCGACCUGGCGGCCCCCAUUUCGAUCCCCGAGAAGCCAGUUCGAUAUGGAAAGCUUCCUGAGAUCCACCACAUCUUCCGUUCCGACCCGCAAAGUCCCCCAAAGAUCAUCUCGUUGGUCUUCACCCUGGCGACGCUAGCUGCGUUGCCGGCAUUGCUGGUGGGCUGGGCGAUGCUGGGAGCGAACGUGGACCAUGCCCCGAAGGCGUUUUCCCAGGCGCCGGUGGCCCACGUGCUGUUCUUCGGCUCCGUGGUCGCGCUGGAGGGCGUCUUCUUCUUGUACUAUACCAGCUGGAACCUCUUCCAGGUGCUGCCGGCUGUGAGCGUGGUGGGCGUGGUUGCCUUCUUGUCGGGCAGCCGAGCCCUGACCGAGACGCAGGAUCGGAGACUGGCGGGGCUUAGGUGAAGGAACUGUGACGAGGGCAAAUGGUGGUGGAAAAGCGACAUCAUAGCGGGUUUCUCAGGCCUGGCGUAAUUAGACUGGGUAUCAUGACUCCGUCAGCAUGGAAUUGGAUUUUUUAAGGCUCUAUCGCGAAAUUCCCGAUA